GAGACUGUGAGAGGAGCAAGGAAUUACACACAAAAACAGCAGAACCAGAACACCCUCCCCUGGACACACCCUGCCGAGGAUCACUGCUUCUCUUUUUUCUGAACCAUCGCCCACGCACUCGGAGAGAACGCUCUCCCUCAUCAUCAUCCAGUAGAAAACUCCUUUCUCCUCAAUUUCAUCCUAUAGAGGACACCUACAAUCUCAGAGGGCUGAGAUCCCUUGGCGAAGAUUGUAUUUUUUUUUCCUUUUUUUAUUUUUUUUUUAUUUUCAUUUUGACUCCUAACAUCACAUAAAGGCCAAAUAAUAUAAAGGCCUAAGACCACUGAGAGACUCAGCCUUCAGCUUCAAGAUCAGUGCAAAGAAGGACCUAGAUUUUUUUCAUUCUACGUCAAGAAUGGUUACUCAGAUAAUCAGCACCAUGGAAACCCAGGUGUCCAACGGUCCAAGCGGAACCAGUCUGCCUAAUGGCCCCGUCAUCAGUACAAAUGGCUCUACAGAUGACAGCAAAACCAACUUGAUCGUCAACUAUCUGCCUCAGAACAUGACCCAGGAAGAAUUCAAAAGUCUGUUUGGUAGCAUUGGAGAAAUUGAGUCCUGUAAGCUAGUCAGAGACAAGAUAACAGGACAGAGUUUGGGUUAUGGCUUUGUCAAUUAUGUGGAUCCAAAUGAUGCGGACAAGGCCAUCAACACACUUAACGGUCUCAAAUUGCAGACUAAAACAAUCAAGGUAUCAUAUGCCCGGCCAAGCUCAGCUUCCAUUCGUGAUGCCAACCUUUACGUGAGUGGACUCCCCAAAACCAUGAGCCAGAAAGACAUGGAGCAGCUGUUCUCUCAAUACGGUCGAAUAAUUACAUCCCGCAUUCUUGUGGACCAAGUUACAGCAGGCAUAUCACGAGGAGUGGGCUUCAUCCGGUUUGACAAGCGAAACGAAGCAGAGGAGGCUAUCAAAGGACUGAAUGGACAGAAGCCUUUGGGUGCAGCUGAGCCCAUAACUGUCAAGUUCGCCAACAACCCCAGCCAGAAGACAGGCCAGGCCUUACUGACUCAGCUGUACCAAACUGCUGCCCGUCGCUACACGGGCCCCCUGCAUCAUCAGACUCAGCGUUUCAGUGUGAUCCCUUCAAUUGGAAAGGGAGCAGAAGCAAAUAACAGCUCAAACACAAUACUCGACAAUUUACUAAACGCCAGCUACGGAGUGAAGAGUUCUCCUAUUCUCUUCCCCAGAUUCUCGCCCAUCACUAUUGACAGCAUGACCAGCCUGGCCGGGGUCAACCUCACCGGUCCGACUGGAGCCGGCUGGUGUAUCUUUGUGUACAACCUGUCUCCCGAGGCGGAUGAGAGCGUCCUGUGGCAGCUCUUUGGGCCUUUUGGUGCCGUCACCAAUGUCAAAGUCAUCCGUGACUUCACCACCAACAAAUGCAAGGGCUUUGGCUUUGUCACCAUGACCAACUACGACGAAGCCGCCAUGGCUAUUGCUAGCCUUAAUGGCUACCGCCUGGGUGACCGUGUGCUGCAGGUUUCCUUCAAGACCAGCAAGCAGCACAAGGCCUGAAAGAGAGGCUGCUGGUAAACAGCUUGUUCAACCUACAGGGGCGUGUACCUGAGCUCCCUGUGCCAUCACUCUACAUGGGCCUGGACUGAGUCUCUCUCUGACAUACUCUCACACAAAUUCAUCAAAUGGAUCCACAAACACAGACGUGCAGAUUACACAUGAACAUGUGCACACAUUACAGAAACAUAUCCAAAUAUACACGUGUUAGAAUCUAAAAAAAAAACAACAAAAAAACACAGAAGUGGAGUUUUUUCUUUUCUCUUUACACGACAUGCUAGUCCUUCCCUAUAUUUGCCUGGAUUUAAUUAGAAAGGGUACAUAGCUGGUUUGCGGGGCAGGGACAAGAGCUAUCUAUUUAUGAGACAGUCUAACGAAUGUGACAGAGAAUGUGAACUGAGCGCUUUGAUUGAAUUCAGGCAAAUAAUGACAACUAACGAACAAAAAAGAUCAAAAACUUAAGCGAACAAAAAUGUGCAAUUCACCCAAACUCUUACCCUACCACCUCUCCCAUCAUCUUGCUGGAGAGGAUGUAGUCACCUUUUUUUACACUUGGGCAUUUUGAAUCAGCAAUUUUUUUAGAUCAAAGAAAAUUAAACUAAAAACAGUGUUCUAUUAAGAUAUAAAUAUAUAGUCAAUAUUUAAGGUGGUUAUAAUAGCCGAGUAUGUAAGCAUUUUCUAGAAACUUUGACUACUGUUUCCUGACCUGCAUUAGGUGGUGCCUUGCAUUGAAGGCAGUUUCUCUAUCACGUCUGAGCUUGUUAGCUGAGACCCAAUAUGAUUUAGCUUAACUAACAAUUAUUGGUCAUAGAAAAGAGUAGUUUGAAGGCCAUCAGAAUCCCUCUUCUCUCACAGUCUCACAACAACACUUAUCACAGAAACACAAUUCAGUAACUAGAAAGAUUUACACAUAUUUAGUCCUCUGAAGCUGUAUUUUUUUCUAAUCUUAUCCACCUGAUGGAUUUAAUGCAGGCAGACUGUCUGUGCACUUAGAACAGAGCGGCAGCGGCCCCACGGUGAUGACGUUCAUUAGUAAUUCUCUGCUGGGCAAGAGAGUGAUGAAUGUGAGGGGAAAAAGAAUUCAUCAUAACACGCCCACAACAAAGGAAAAUACCGGUGUUUUUAUUUUUUUUUUUAACUCUUUGCAAAUUUUUCUGAUUGCACCUGUAUUGUGAUUGCACCCUACAGGGUGUUUUAUUGUGAAAGGCUUUUUCAGCCACAAUCCGGUGUGAUAUUCUUCAAGUUUAUUAGGUUAUUUGUGGUCAAAAUGUAAAGAGUACAGCAAACAAGAUGUCAAUGACAGGCAAACCACUUUUUUUCAACACUUAAAUGUUUUGAAUUUAAAUGUUUCUGUCUUAGGAGGUGUAGUUUAAAAACGUAAAACACAAUUUUAAAACACCACAUCCAUGGACAAUGAUGUAGGCAGGUCUACAGGGAGGCAAAAAUGUUAACACCGGUAUUAUUCUUCAGUUUGACACACAAAUAGAAGCUCCUUGAUAAGCAAGGGUAUAUUUAACAGUUGGAUAGAAAGCAUGGGCUCUACAAGGUGAAUUGAGUAGAUUAAGAAGGCUGUGGUUUCUUAUGACUGAGCAUCUAAAACUAUGAGUCGUGUUUUAGAGAUGAUAUCUGACAAUUUAAAAAUGAUCACUAAUCCAUUGAGGAGAAAUAUUACUUGCUCCUCCAACUUUGCUAAAUGCUCCCAAGUUUUAUUUUAAAAGCCUUCUAUUGUCUUAAAAGCUUCCCGGUAACUUUAAUCCCUUGCCCGAUCAAAGAUGACCAUACAACAUCAUGCUUGCAUAUAAGGGUCAAGAAUAUACUUCUGUUUACAAAAGGAAAGUAUUUAUUAAUUUGCUUCACAUCUGAUUGGCACAAUCCCAAAAAUAGCCCUUUUAAAAAUAUUCCCGGUCCACGUGUAUGAGAAUUUAUUUAUGGCACUCUUGAUGAAAGAGUAAGACCGACCUGUCAAGAUGAAACGUCAGUUGCAGCCCAGACUUUCGUUUUACCAUGGAGAGAGCUAGUAUCUUUCAAUAUGAAGACAUCUGCACAUGAUAAUAGAUUAAAUAAGGUCAACUAUAUUCAAGACAUUUUUGCUUUUGCUUUUUUAAGAGACGCUGUGUUAGCCAAAGAGGACAAACUCUUUGAAAGGAUUACAUUAGAGAUAAAUCUAUUUUUAUACAUACAAAGGAACAAGACCUUGUGCUGAAUUUUUACAGAUUCUUAAGCUUGGAAAAAUUGGGGCAUCACAUGGCUUUAUUUUAAAACCCUCUCAUCUUUACAGAGUAAGAGGGAAAAAGCAUGCGGUGUAUGGGUGGGGAUUUAGGGAGGGGGCGAAGGAACAAUGUAUCUCACACAAACUUAACUGUCUAACCAUAUCAAAAUAAGACGAACCAAACAAGUACGAAUCUAAUGAGAAAUGAUAAAGUUAAACAGUUGGAGUAUAACCUGACAGACACAAAACACAUCUGGUGUCAAGAAGUUGUGUACAGUGUUGCUUCAGUGGGGGCGCAGUGAAGUGAAGUUCUUUGACUUGAGAAUCCCAGAUGAAGCUGCAGCGCGGCUGGCUCAUUGCCCAGCUUAAGAAAACAAAAGCUGCUUGCAAAAAAAAAAACUAAAAGCAAAAUGCUGAUUCAAACCGUGACGCAGAUUCAUUACAAACCCUAAGCAUGAGUCUUUAUAAUUAGAUAGAUUUGAUUUCUGCCAAAGAAUUGCUUUGCAAGUCAGUACCAAGAAGGAUAAACUAAGACUAACUGUAUUAUUCCCUGAAUAGUUGCUGUACAAAUAUAUUUAUUAAAUAAGGGCCCUCUACAAUUUGAGUUAUAAUUACUUUUGAACAUAGAAGUUGCGCAUAUCAGUUUCCAUUCUGAAUCUUAAAAACUACCUUGCCAAAAGCCAAACUCAACAGAUGCAAGCAAUCCCAUUUGCACACAUUUCAUGCAGUAACAUAAGGCAUUUGAAAAAUCAAUUCACCUCUUGACUAAGGAAAAAUGCAUCCAUAUCAUGAAUAUUUAUCCCCUUACAUUUAAAUCAUCUACUUUGUCUUUGUCCUUUAAAACAGUUAACAUUGCACCUCUUCAAAUACGCACAGACAUUUUUUGAUCCAACUCAUAAGGUCUCAUCCCCUAAAACAGUCACUGCUGCAGAUGUUUCCACAGCUGGCCAUAUAAAGGACGAUUCUAGCAAUUUGAAAGAGAUAGAAAGUAUGACUGAGUAGUCGGCGCGGCCAGUGAUAGACGUUAGGAACAACCAAGAUAACAGGCCACGUUGAGCUGCAGCUGGAGUUGUUUACCCAGCCAUGUCCAAUGUCUUACAGUCAAUCCACAAACCAAACCCACAGUCAGAAACGGCCUUUCAUACACAGUCAAUACGAAGACCUACACCCGAUGUAAAGCAGAGAGCCAAGGACUAUGGCAGGAAACAGUACUACACUGCUUGAGGAACAACAAUAAUCAUUUUAAAAAGACAAAAAAACUUUCCUAUGGAACAGUAAGUGCAAUGUGCUUUGUUUUUAUAUUGACUCAGAACAAAUGAUAUAUAUAUUUUUAAAAAAGAAAUUAAAUGUCACACUGAAAAGGUUUGCGAAAUAGUGAGAGGAGCGUUUGGACAAAAGCAUUAAAAUGAACAAACUCAUUAAUUAAAAACAAGCAUUGAGAGCUCUAAUGUUUAAAUUUCCACAAUCAAUUCCUCAGUCCCUAAUUUGUGCUCUGACCAUGCAAGCUCAAACAAACUGGUUAUUUGGCUGACUUGAUAGAGCAACUCUUGAAGACUUUGAAAGGAAUACUGUCUAAUAUAUCAUCAGUUUUAGCCCAUGUCAAUUUCAAGUAUCAUUUUUCCUGUAAUUUAUUGAUUUCAUUUUACAUAUCAAGACUCACUUGUUAUAUUAGCGUAUUUGUAUUGUUGAUGUUGCCAUAGAGAACACACAUGGGUCAAAGAUUAUGUUCGGUUGCAUUGAUUGGGUACAGUUUGUUAUUUUCUUCCAUUUUUAUUAGUUGCAGUUUUUACAGUGUAUGCCAAUUUUAGACUUAGUUAGAUUUUUUUAUUUCAAUCAAACUGUGUUCAAUUGUGUUUGUAAAGUCUGUGGUAGCUUUUGUUGCAACAUAAAAUAAUUUAAACAGAAAAAAUUCAAAAUAGCGCCAACAAACUUGUAUUAUUUGGGCGACUUUAAGCUUGUAGUUUUAACUUAUUGUUAACUUAAAAACUAUUUAUUAUCAUUAUUAUUAUUAUUGCCUCGUAUAAAGUAUGUUUUGUGUAUAUUUAUAGUUUAUUUCAUUAUAUUUGCAAGUUUAAAAGAUUUUAAGUUUGCCAAAAUUGUGAUUACACCAUUUUGUUUCUUAAAAGGGGGACAAAUAGAAAAACAGCUUUAGAAGUACGAUUUGGAAACGUUCUCCAUAGUCAAAGAAUGCACUGCUAUAUUUAACUAAUUGAAGUGUAUAAACAUACAUGCUGUGUGCUAGAUGUUAUGCCUUUACUGCCUGUGUUCUGUUUGUCUUGUUAAAUGAAAAUCUUUUAAUAAUUUAAUCUAAUCACAGUCUUGUUUUUUUUUUUCCAACCACUCGUUGAACCCCUUAGACAUGGCACAGCCCCUCUAGUGAGGCUUUGGUCCAAUUCAGGGCCUAGGCAACUAGCCAGGAACAAAGGGGUAGUCAUUGUUUGUUUUGCUCACAAGAAUCUUUCCUGUUUUGCUGAUGGGCUGAUUUACAAAGAGGAUACCGAGAGGUCUGAUUCUGUAAAAGUAUUUCGGUACUGAGAUUUACUGUUUCAAAUUCAACAUCAAAUUGUGCAACAGAAACACGUGUGUUCUUUACUUCCAAUAUACAUUUGGAAACCCAGCCAAGAGCUCGGGCAAAUUGAUGUGGGGCUCUGAAAAGCUGCAGGAAGGUUUUCUUGGGAGUUUCUAGAGUAGUAAAGGGGUGAGUGGUCCUUCUGUUUCUCAACUGUAUUUUGUGUCUAUUUAUUUAGAAAAGGGGACGCAGUAACUUAGUGAAGUUUUUCUUACAUUUUCCUGGAAUGGUAGAACAAAUCAAAGGUGAAAAUGAUCAAACAGUUCUGCUGACACCAAUGUCAGUAGAAAAACUACAAAAAUCUCAUACUUCCAAACAUGACCAAAUGAACAAUGUCAAAAUUUUACAAAGAAAAAAAACCUUUCAGUUUAGACUAGGAUAUUUAUUACUGGGAUUUCAGCUGACGACGCUUGAAGACUUUUUCAUGGAAUUGUUUAAUUAUUUGUACUUUACAUGCCAGAAAAAAAAUAAAAUAAAAGUUACAAAUACAAAUGACCCA